CACCGGCCUGCCGUGGCGCCAGCAGAACCCCGGUGGUCUGGCGGGUGGCGACGCGCUGGAAGGAGGCGGCGGCGAGGACGGCGGCGGCGGCGGCGGGGCGGAUGCUGGCGGCGCCGCUCCGGUCAUGACGGCGCUGACACCGCUGAUCGUCCCGGAGCAUUUCCCCAACGUGCCUCUCAUCGCCGUGACGCGCAACCCUGUCUUCCCUCGCUUCAUCAAGAUCAUCGAGGUGAAAAACAAGAAGCUGGUGGAGCUGCUGAGGAGGAAAGUUCGCCUUGCCCAGCCUUAUGCUGGUGUCUUCCUUAAGAAGGAUGAUAACAAUGAGUCUGACCUGGUGGAGGAUCUGAAUGAGAUCUACCAGAUGGGAACUUUUGUGCAGAUCCAUGAGAUGCAGGACCUCGGGGACAAGCUGCGCAUGAUCGUGAUGGGACACCGCCGGAUUCGCAUAAACAGGCAACUGGAGGUGGAGCCUGAGGAGCCUGAGAACAAGCAGAAGACCAGGAGGAAACAGAAGCGCUCCAGGAAGGAGGCUGAGGAGGAGCCUGGGGCAAAGGACCAGGCUGUGGAAGUGGUGCUGGAUCCUGUGGCUCCUUCCUCACAGGAGGUUCUCAUGGUAGAAGUGGAGAAUGUGGUUCAUGAGGAUUUUCAGAUCACAGAGGAGGUUAAGGCUCUUACUGCAGAAAUUGUCAAGACCAUCAGGGACAUCAUUGCCUUGAACCCCUUGUACAGAGAGUCUGUGCUGCAGAUGAUGCAGGCAGGGCAGAGGGUGGUGGACAACCCAAUCUACCUGAGCGACAUGGGGGCAGCGCUGACCGGGGCAGAGUCCCACGAGCUGCAGGACAUCCUGGAGGAGACCAGUAUUCCCAAGAGGCUCUACAAGGCUCUUUCCCUGCUGAAGAAGGAAUAUGAGCUGAGCAAGCUGCAGCAGCGCCUGGGCAGGGAGGUCGAGGAGAAGAUCAAGCAAACACACCGCAAAUACCUCCUGCAAGAGCAGCUGAAGAUCAUCAAGAAGGAGCUGGGGCUGGAGAAGGAGGACAAGGAUGCCAUAGAGGAGAAGUUCCGGGAGCGGCUGAAGGACCUGCAGGUGCCCAAGCACGUGAUGGACGUCAUCGACGAGGAGCUGAACAAGCUGGGCCUGCUGGAUAACCACUCCUCAGAGUUCAAUGUCACUCGGAACUACCUGGACUGGCUGACAUCCAUCCCCUGGGGCAAGUGCAGUGAGGAGAACCUGGAGCUGUCCCGAGCCCGAGCAGUCCUGGAGGAGGAUCACUAUGGGAUGGACGACGUCAAGAAGCGAAUCCUGGAGUUCAUAGCAGUCAGCCAGCUGCGGGGAUCCACCCAGGGCAAGAUCCUCUGCUUCUAUGGCCCCCCCGGGGUGGGCAAGACCAGCAUCGCGCGCUCCAUCGCCAGGGCCCUCAGCAGGGAGUACUUCCGCUUCAGCGUGGGGGGCAUGACCGACGUGGCAGAGAUCAAAGGACACAGGAGGACCUAUGUUGGAGCAAUGCCAGGGAAGAUCAUCCAGUGCCUGAAGAAGACCAAGACAGAGAACCCUCUGAUCCUGAUCGAUGAGGUGGAUAAAAUAGGAAGAGGCUAUCAGGGGGAUCCAUCCUCAGCCCUUCUGGAGCUGCUGGACCCAGAGCAGAACUCCAACUUCUUGGAUCAUUACCUUGAUGUUCCUGUGGAUCUGUCCAAGGUGCUCUUCAUUUGCACUGCCAACGUGACCGAGACCAUCGCCGAGCCGCUGCGGGACAGGAUGGAGCUGAUCAAUGUGUCAGGCUACGUGGCCGAGGAGAAGCUGGCCAUUGCUGAGAGGUACUUGGUCCCUCAAGCACGAGUCCUGUGUGGCCUGGACGAGAGCAAAGCCCAGAUCACCCCCGAGGUGCUGACUGUGCUCAUCAAGCAGUACUGCAGGGAGAGCGGAGUGAGGAACCUGCAGAAGCAGGUGGAGAAGGUGCUGAGGAAAUCUGCCUACAAGAUCGUGAGUGGAGAGGCAGAGACAGUGCAGGUGACCCCCGAGAACCUGCAGGACUUCGUGGGCAAGCCUCUGUUCACCGUGGAGCGCAUGUACGACACCACUCCCGCGGGGGUGGUGAUGGGGCUGGCCUGGACAGCCAUGGGAGGUUCCACUCUGUUUGUUGAGACAUCCCUGAGGCGGCCCAAGGACAAGGAGAACAAGGAUGGGUCCCUGGACCUGACAGGGCAGCUGGGAGAUGUGAUGAAGGAGAGUGCCAAAAUAGCUUACACCUUUGCCAGAGCCUUCCUGAUGGAGAAGGAGCCCAGCAAUGACUUCCUCAUGACUUCCCACAUCCACCUGCAUGUGCCAGAGGGAGCCACGCCGAAGGACGGCCCCAGCGCAGGCUGCACCAUCGUCACGGCGCUGCUGUCGCUGGCCACGGCCCGCCCCGUGCGGCAGAACCUGGCCAUGACCGGGGAGGUGUCGCUGACCGGCAAGAUCCUGCCCGUGGGCGGCAUCAAGGAGAAGACAAUCGCGGCCAAGCGUGCAGGCGUCACCUGCGUGGUGCUGCCCUCCGAGAACAAGAAGGAUUUCUACGACCUGGCAGGCUUCAUCACGGAGGGGCUGGAGGUGCACUUCGUGGAGCACUACAAGGAGGUGUUUGACAUAGCCUUCCCCAAGCUGGAUUCUGCCGGAGGAUGAUGUCCAGCCCCCGGUGCUGGAAGCUGAUCUGUCCCCUGGUGCCCAGCCCCGGGCGCGGGGUGAGCUGGGGCCGCCCUGCAGCGGGACAGGAGCUCUCGCUGCGGCCCAGCUGCUGCCGGCUCGGCUGGCAGGAAGCAGCUGAGACUGCACUGAGCUGCCCCACGGCAGGGGGCAAUAAAGUUGUGAGGUUUAGCUCA